AAUCCUCUGUCUUCUUCUUCAUUUCUAUGGAGAAAUCUCAAUAUUUCUCUGAAAAACCCUAAAUUUUCUCAAAUUUUUCUUCUUACAUGAGCUAAUUUGUGUUAAAAAGCUAUAAAUUCUUCUUGAGUUUUCUAUGGAAAUGGGUUCUGUUGUUGGAUUAGAAGACGUUAAUUUCCCUACUGAACCGAAAACUCCAACACCCACCAUGAUUUUCCCUAAAAUUGAACCGAAACUUGAACCCCUUGAUGAAUUUACCCCUCAAUCGAUAAACCCCAAUUCGAAUUUCAGUUACAAUUCAGGUUUCAGAAAUACUACUCCGCAGCAGCAGCAGAAUGCUACUAGUUCUCAAACUCCAAGCUCAAUUGAGGCAGGUGUUCAUUCGGAGUAUAAUCGGAUAUCUGAGCUGUUUCAAACGGCUUUUGCUCAGAGUUUACAGAGAGAUGGAGAUGUUGAAGCUAAUGAGGAUUCAGGUUGUCGAGCGAUUGUUCCUGUCAGCAAUGAACAGGUUUCUGAUAUUGUUAUUACAAGAAGGAAGUAUGAGAAGAGGUCAUCGGAGUUGGUUAGGGUGACAGAUCUUAAACCGGAGGAUGAACGAUAUUUCCGUGACCUGAUUCGAAAGACACGAAUGCUUUAUGAUUCUCUACGGAUUUUUGUAAAUUUAGAGGAUGAAAACAACCAACAUUUGGGUUCUGGCAGACAGACUAGAGCAAGGGGGGACUUGAAGGCAUCACAAAUGAUGAGGGAGCAUGGACUUUGGUUGAAUCGUGAUAAGCGUACUGUUGGUCCGAUUCCAGGAGUGCUUGUUGGUGAUUUGUUCUUAUAUAGAAUGGAGCUUUGUGUGGUAGGAUUACAUGGAACGCCUCAAGCUGGGAUUGAUUAUCUUCCUGCUAACCAGAGCUCAAAUGGGGAGCCAAUUGCCACAAGUGUAAUUGCUUCAGGGGGGUAUGAGGAUGAUGAAGAUGCUGGGGAUGUGAUUAUAUAUACAGGGCAAGGUGGACAGGAUAAGAACUCACGGCAAGUUGUGCAUCAAAAGUUGGAAGGUGGGAAUUUGGCAUUGGAGAGGAGCAUGUACUAUGGAGUUGAGGUGAGGGUAAUUCGUGGCUUUAAAUAUGUUGGUAGUUCUAGUGGUAAAGUGUACGUGUAUGAUGGAUUGUAUAGAAUCACGGAAUCUUGGUUUGAUGUGGGUAAGUCUGGAUUUGGAGUGUACAAAUAUAAGCUUGUUAGGAUUGAGAAUCAGCCAGACAUGGGAAGUGCUGUACUUAGAUUUGCAGAGAGUCUUAGGACAAGGCCACUAGAGGUAAGGCCCAUGGGAUACAUUUCUCUUGAUAUAUCAAGGAAAAAGGAAAAUGUGCCUGUAUUUUUAUUCAAUGAUAUUGAUAAUGAACGUGAUCCAGCUUGUUAUGACUAUCUGUUGAAGACUGUAUUUCCUCCAUAUGUCUAUCAGCAUGUGGGAAAUGGUUCAGGUUGUGAGUGCACCGAUGGGUGUGGGAAUGGGACUAAGUGCUUUUGCGCGAUGAAAAAUGGUGGACAGUUUGCAUAUGAUACGAAUGGGAUCUUGUUGAGAGGAAAACCAGUCAUUUUUGAAUGUGGACCACAUUGUUCAUGUCCUCCAACUUGUUGGAAUCGAGUUAGCCAGAAAGGUGUGAGGAACAGGUUUGAAGUAUUUCGUUCUAGGGAGACUGGUUGGGGAGUUAGGUCAUUGGACCUCCUCCUAGCAGGGUCUUUUAUUUGUGAAUAUACUGGUGUUGUUCUCACACAAGAGCAAGCUCAAAUAUUUACAAUGAAUGGUGAUAGUUUAAUCUAUCCAAGUCAUUUUGCUGAGAGAUGGGCGGAAUGGGGAGAUUUGUCCCGAAUAGAUUCUAAUUAUGUCCGACCGGCAUACCCCUCUAUUCCUCCUUUGGAUUUUGCGAUGGAUGUUUCUAGAAUGAGGAAUUUAGCCUGUUACAUGAGUCACAGUUCAAGCCCCAAUGUUCUAGUACAGCCUGUGCUGUAUGAUCAUAAUAGUGUAUCUUUCCCUCACCUCAUGCUCUUUGCAAUGGAGAAUAUCCCUCCCCUAAGGGAACUCAGCAUUGAUUAUGGAAUGGCUGAUGACUGCACAGGGAAGCUUGCCAUCUGCAAUUGACUACCUCAUGGGAACUGUUGCAGUUUUGACAGUGAUGCAGCAUAGCUAUUUUCGGCACAUCAUGUACUAAAGAUGAAGGUGCGGUUGUUGGUGAACCUUUUCCCUAUUUCCUUUGCUCGAGAAUACUUACAAUCUUGAUGAUAGAAUCUAGUCCACAUAACCUAGAUUUCAAGGUGUGUUCAAUGACUAUCUGAGAAGAUAGAAGAAAGUUUCUUGCAACAACUAACUUGGAAGUAAUAUUCUUCCCCAUUAUAAGAACUCAUGUUAUAGUAUUAGCUGCUACUUGUUUGUGACUUCCAUUCUCAAAAGAGAAAAAGAAACCUAUUAGCUUGUAAAUAUGAAGAUUGAACUUCAUAUGAUCAUAUAUAGAAAUUUGUAUCAAUCCUUUGUCAUGGAUAGUUGUAAUCGAGAUCAAUGCCUUUUUGGAUCAGUUACCAACUU